UACUCACUUAACACGUGCGACUCCAAUGCUUUACUUCCCUCGCCGGCUCUGCCCGCCGCUCUGUUGUCUUUUUCUCCUCUCUUUAAAUUCAUCUACUUCUUCAUCCCCUUUCCCUUACCUCACACGCUUACGAUGCCAGCUUGGUGGAAGGCGAGGUCCAAAUCGAAGGCCAAGAAGACUUCGUCCUCCUCCGAUUCAACCCCGAGGAAGAACCCUUGGUGGUGGGAUGAUGAACCUAAGCUGCUCUGUACGUUGACUCCCAAACACUGGCGCCAACCCAGCAAGGACAAGGCUAACAGUUUUCAUGGAGUUUCUACUGCCCCCGUUGCUUCCAGUAGCUGCGAUGGAGAUCUUAAGGGCCUUUUGGUGUCUCACCAUCCCCUGCCGCGCCCCUCGGUCUCCUCGCCAUUGCUUUCUCCGCCGCCGCUUGAUCUCGGGCCUGCGGCAGCUUCGGGAUCGGCAUCCGCAUCCAGCGUCAGCUCAUCGGGAUCCUCCGAUGACACUCCUGAUCUUGCUUUCUACCGCAUGGCCGAUCCCAUAAACAUGGCAAGGGGCAGAUCUGCCUUACCAGGCUCACAAAGUCAUCAGCAUGUGGCUGAAGCCAGACAUUUCUCACACUUUAACCCAGUUUUGGAGCAUUCAAGGAACCCUGAGAUGCCUGUAUCUCCAAGAAAGGAAAUUCACUUACAUGACCUUAAUGCUACUUCAAAUCCUAAUAUCUGUUCUCCUGCUACAACUUACCUGGAGGGCAUAUUUAAUCCAAGAACUGUGAAUUGUGCUCCUAUUUCACGAGGGUCUCCUUUUUGUAUAUCCCCUGUGCAUUCAGGUGUACAAAGUGUCUGUCCUGGAUCACCCACAGCUAUGCAAGAUGGUCUAAGGAGCCCACCUCAACCACUGCCUCUGCCUCCAAUCUCAACUAAUUCUCUGUCUUCUUCAUUACGGCCUUCUCAGUCAUCAUGGAAGAAAGGAAAGCUGUUGGGCAGAGGAACAUUUGGUCAUGUUUAUCUUGGAUUUAACAGUGAAAGUGGGCAAAUGUGUGCAAUUAAAGAGGUACCAGUCAUAUCUGAUGAUUCAAAUUCCAAAGAAUCUCUCAAGCAACUAAAUCAGGAAAUAAAUUUGCUUUGUCAGCUUUCACACCCAAACAUCGUGCAAUACUAUGGCAGUGAGCUGGCUGAUGACACACUUUCAGUUUAUCUCGAAUAUGUUUCUGGGGGUUCCAUUCAUAAGUUACUUCAGGAAUAUGGAUCAUUUGGGGAACCUGUUAUCAAGAACUAUACUGCACAAAUUCUUUCUGGACUUGCUUAUUUGCAUGGGAGAAACACUGUACAUAGGGAUAUCAAAGGAGCAAACAUACUUGUAGAUCCUAAUGGAGAGGUCAAACUUGCUGAUUUUGGCAUGGCUAAACAUAUAUCCUCUUAUACAUCAAUUCGAUCUUUCAAAGGAAGCCCAUAUUGGAUGGCUCCUGAGGUCAUCAUGAAUGGAAAUGGAUACAACCUCUCAGUUGAUAUUUGGAGCCUUGGAUGCACGGUACUUGAGAUGGCAACUUCUAAACCUCCAUGGAGUCAAUUUGAAGGGGUUGCUGCAAUAUUUAAAAUUGGGAAUAGCAAAGAUAUACCUGACAUUCCAGAGCACCUUUCUUCUGUAGCUAAGAGUUUUAUAAUGUCAUGUUUACGGCGUGAUCCUUCUGCUCGACCAACAGCUGCUCAGUUGAUGGAUCAUCCUUUUGUGCAUGAUCAAGCUGCAAUAAAAUCUGCAAAAUUAAGUGUAUCCAAGGACAUGUUUCCUCCUGAUGGAAGCUAUUCAAGGGCUUGUAAGGACUAUCACAGCAACAGGAGUGUCUCUCCUUUACGCGAUAAGAAAUAUGAACUGGGACACCGUGGCCAAGCUGCCAUGGAUUAUCGGAACAACAGAAGUGUUUCUCCUCUACGUGGUAAAAACUAUGAAACAGGACACGGAGUUGCGAUCCCCCUUGUGCAUGAAAAUGCAAGUGAUCUUAUGGGCAUGAGAAUGAACAUGUCAUUGCCGGUCUCACCGUGCUCGAGCCCUCGACACCAGCAAAUACAGUUCAAUAGAAGCUGUGUUCCAUCUCCCAUACAUCCAGCCUACUCAGCUGGAGCACUCACCUAUGGGCCAAGCAACCAUUAUCUCUAUCAAGUCAGGCCAAGCCAUAAUUUCACAGACCCUUCUCUGGACAUUUCAGAACUCAGAAUCCAAACUCCAUAUAGCUCACCUAAGAGAUGACGACUCCAGGUUCUAGUUUUACUCAUAAGCUGCAGCAUAAGUGCAAUUAUUUUCACUCUCUUUAUGUGAAAAGGUUUGAAACCAAAUUAAAAUAUGGCCAAACCUGAAUUUGGCUACACAAAUGAGGCAGUUUCUGGAAAUAAAGUCAGUGUUGGUGGGUGUGAUCCUUUUUCUUAUUUGUUUUUCGGCGCAGAUGGUAUGUAUCCAAAAUGUGAAGUAAGAUUACACCAAUUCUGUAUAGUAUAUAAAAGGCUUGGGACUAGAUGUAGACGGUGUUGAUUGAUGCCACUUGAACAAAACAUAAUGAAAAUUAGUUCCCC